AAUCUGAACCACACAGAUUUAACCGGCCAUGGCUUCAAUGAACAAAAGAGAAAUUAGUCAUUAGUUGGGUUGCCUUUGGAGCUUCCAAAGACGAACAGGGAAAGUUAUGGAUUCCCAUUUCUUGGGCCUCACUGCCAUUGUUACCUUGGGUUAUCAGUUAACAUUUUUCAUUAUCACAGCACUCUUCAGGUUUGAUAAAGUUACUGACUUUGCGGGAGGUACGAACUUCAUUAUACUUGCUAUUUUGACCUUGGUGCUAAAGGGUUCAUGGCACUUUCGACAGGUGGUUUUGUCAUUAUUUGUAGUUAUAUGGGGACUUCGAUUGGGGCUUUUCUUAUUAAUGAGGAUAUUACAAUGGGGGGAGGACAGACGUUUUGAUGACAAGCGUGACAAUCUUGGAAAACUGGCAAUAUUUUGGAUACUUCAGGCAAUGUGGGUAUGGACUGUUAGUUUACCAGUGACAGUUGUUAAUGCAAGUGACAAGCAGCCUUCUGUUCAGGCUCAAGACAUCAUUGGUUGGAUUAUGUGGAUUAUUGGGAUUUUGGUUGAGAUUACAGCUGACCAACAAAAAUUGGCAUUCAAAAACUCCCCGGAGAACAGAGGAAAAUGGUGCAGUGUUGGCCUUUGGAAAUAUUCUCGUCAUCCGAACUAUUUUGGUGAGAUUUUACUUUGGUGGGGAGUUUUCCUGGCUUCCACACCGGUGCUAGUUGGUGCUGAAUGGCUAGUUGUGUUUGGACCAGUAUUCAUAACCUUGCUGCUCCUUUUUGUUAGUGGCAUACCCUUGCUUGAGGCAUCAGGAGACAAGAAAUUUGGAAAUGUUGCUGCAUACAGAUCAUACAAGAGAAAAACUAGCCCUCUUAUUCUGCUGCCUCCUGGAUUGUAUGGGAGUCUUCCUCAAUGGUUCAAAACCAUACUCCUUUUUGAGUUUCCUUUGUACAGUCGCAAUCUUCCUCAAGAAGAGUUAAGCUGGAUUAGACAAAACCAACAAGGAAGCAGUAGAACAGACCCGAAGAUGAGUUGACAGCUUAAUUUUUGGGAUUCCAUACUAGUCCAAGUAAUUGCCAGCUGCUCGCUGCAUAGACUUGCUUUGCUUAAUUAUUCCCACAUCUUCCUUUGGCUGCUCAAAAGCCUAUUUAACAUCUCCCUUCUCUGUUUCAAUAGUGUAAUCUUUUUAAUAAACUCCAUCUAUUUGGUUGUUUUGGGCAGUGUUUUCAAACUUCUUUUGCUUUGUUCUGCAAUUGUAUCUUGGAUCAAAUCUUGCAUUCACAUA